AUGGAUCAGUUGAAGACUAUAAUGACACUCCUGCAAGAUCCUGGAAGGCCGGCAGCAGAUUCACAGCCACAGCCACAGCCACAGCCACAACCGGAAGAGGAGGCUCGGACACCGGAAGAUGACUUCAUUCUCCCAAAUGAUUACCAACCGGAUGAUGAUGACAUGUUCUGUACACCUGAGAAGACGAAUAUCACCAGCAUCGGGGAUACUCAGGAUUCUGAGGUGCAGGUGUUAGAGACAGCUCCAGAAGUCAUGGAGAACCGGAGGAAGAGAAGGGGGCCUAGGUGGUUCGCUGAGUACACUGAAAUGAAGAAGAAGGCUAGGGCUACUUCGACACUCGUGAAUGCGGACCCACUUAGAGUGGUUGAUCGGAAGCUGCUCAAGACUUUUCACAAUUGGGUACUCGGCCAGAUUGGGAACAAUUACCCGAGAGAGUGCUUCACCGGUCGAUACCAUUCGUCUUGGUUCCUCGAACUGCAUACUCCGAAAUUUUGGCUUGGGAACGAUCAUUUGGAUGCGGCAUUCCAUUUGAUGAGGAGGCGGCAACACUUUUAUCCCGAGUCCUACCCGAAUAGAUGUGUCAUAAUGCCGUGUAUUUUCCCAGCAGGAGUUAUUGCUCGGUGGGAAGCUGCGGGUGAUGACCAGGCUAACUAUCAGUGGGACGAGAGCAUAUUAGAUUUGAUUCGAGGGGAUGAAAGUCAAUUCUUGGCCAGUUGGAAGAACAAGGAGAGAAUAUAUAUGGCCCUCUACUUCGAUGGAGCAAAGCAUUGGGUGGCAUUAGAGAUAGAUCUGGAUCAUUGGUUGUUGAACAUAUUUGACUCCAGCCUCGGAUCGAUUUCCCCGAACGAAUUGAACCGUCACCUGGCAAUGUGGGAAAAAUUACUACCAAAUUUGCUGCUGCAGGCUGGCCUAUUCGAGAGUCAUGACAUGAUCCUCUUGCCUCAACUUACCGCCUCACAGAGCCAGGUCAGAAAUUUCACUUCAAAAGUCAUGGAUCGGGCCGUUGUUCCACAGACAAAGACAAGCGGUAACUGCGGGAUGUACGUGAUAGAGCACAUCGAGCAUAGUAUGCUGGAGACUACGUUUGAUAAUGUGCACGAUGAGAAUAUGAAGAAAUUUAGAGAGCGGUGGUGUGUAGAUUUGUUUUACCAGAAUUUAGCAUGAACAAAUGUUUUUUUUAUUUGGUAUUUAUUAAGAUAACAAUGUAAAUGGUUUUUUUUUAUUGGUAUGUUUAUGUUUUUUCAA